AUGCAGUCCAUGGUAGAACGCCUACCGGGAGUAGCUCUCCGAAUCCAGAGGAGCAACCCAAAUUCCUACGCCGAUACCCCCUUCGUGGAGGAAAUCACCUCAGCUGAGAUGCCUAGAAAGUUCUCCUUCCCCAGCAUCAAGGUGUAUGACGGUACUGGCGACCCCGACAAUCACAUCGUGCAGUACAAGCAAAGGAUGUUGGCGGUUGCACUCCCUAAGGAGUCCCGCGAAGCUACAAUGUGCAAAGGGUUUGGUUCCACUCUGAUCGGGUCUGCCUUGAAAUGGUACAUCAAUCUCCCUACCAUGUCUAUAUCUUCCUUCGCAGGCCUGAGCGACAAAUUUGUGGAGCAAUUCACAAGUAGUAGAAGCCUGGAGAAGACUUCAGAUCGUCUCUACGAGAUUCUCCAGCCUCGAGUGGAACCCCUGCGAGACUACAUAGCCCGCUUCAACCAGGAGAAAGUGGCGGUCCCCGAAUGCAGCAUCCCUAGCGCGAUCUCUGCCAUCAAUAGAGGUUUACUUCCAUAUGGGGGGCUAUACAAAGAGUUGACCAUGUACCCUUGCAAGACCAUGGAAGAUGUGUUGUCGCGAGCCUGGGUGCAGGUGAAGUGGGAGGAAGAUGUUGCUAACCAUGCCAAGGCUCAACCAAAGCAGGACCAAAGGUCAGCCCGAUCAGAUCGAGGAGACCGAGAGGAAAUAUCCUCCCAAAAAGGAUCCAAGGACUCUGGUAGUAGAAACAGAGGCAGGUUCCAGUACCGGCCGCAAGAGAAGGAAGAAGGAAUGUCGGUAUCUACAUGGCCCGAUAUCUCCCAUCUCUCAAUAUCAACACCAGAGCUAGUCAACGCACUGAGACAGAUGGGCCAACAGGUCAAGUGGCCACCAAAGAUGAAAGCACCUGACUAG